GCGGCCCUUCUCUUCCCCCACUGCGAUCAUGUCGAACCGUCCCCCCAAGACCAUACGUCGCACCGACCAUCGUGGAGCAGGCGGAGCUCGCAGGGAGAAGCGGAAGAGAAUGAAAGAGCAGCUGCUUUAUCAGGACGGAAGCGUCGGCAGUAGCGCGUCGGCUGGCCCAAGCAUGGGGAGGGACAAGGAGGGUGUUGAGGAUGAAGAUGUCGAGGUAUGCCCAUAUCGGAUGAUGUCAGGACAGAUGUCGAAGGAACGCGCGCUCUCCCAGACGAGUUGGAAGAUCACGAUCAUACGCGCUGCUCCGCCCAUCCCCCAUCCUCCCGCCCCCCUUCCCCUCGUCAUAGCCCUACCUUGGAUGAUGUUCCAAUCACUAGAAAUGCUAUGGGUCCCCCUCCUGAUGUGCAUGAAGACCCUGCGACCGAUCCGCCGAACUUCCAACCAGUCAUCGACGAUAUCAAGAUUGCCAAGAAGUACAUUGACGCGCUGAAGGACGCGCGACUGGACAGUGACCUGGAACCCCUUUCCGACGAACUUCUUGAGCAGAUCCGCAACCCUGAUCAAGAGAUCCUCUCGCUCGACAACCCCGACAACCGUCUCUCGAUUGAUAUCUAUCUUGCUGUCGGGAACGCGUCUGUCGACUCGUAUAAUACAAUUCGAGACGCCAUCCUUCGACGCUAUCCAUCCUCUGGCGUGCUAUCGUACUACAAGGUGCAGAAACUCGUCACUCAACUGAGCGGGGUGACCCCAGUCUGGCAUGACAUGUGCAUUGAUUCGUGCAUGGCAUACACCGGACCGCUGGCGGAGCUCGAAAGCUGCAUGUUCUGUGGCAAGAGCCGAUGGCGAGAGCCUGCAAAGGAUGCUCGUGGCGGUGACGGCGGCGAGGAGCCCCCUCCGACGAAGAGAGUGCCACAACAGCAAUUCAUGACACUGCUCAUCUCGCCGCAGCUGCAGGCCCUGUGGAGAACGAAGGAGGGAGCGCAGGCCAUGCAGUAUCGCAAAGCGUGCACGGAACAAGUGCUGCGCGAGCUCGAUGACAAUGGCGGCCGGAAAAUAAGCCCAUACACGGACUUUUUUCACGGCCGUGAUUACAUCGAUGCGGUUCGCCGCGAGGACAUACAGGACGGGGAUACGGUACUCAUGAUGUCGGUCGAUGGUGCGCAGCUGUAUCGUAACAAGGCAUCGGACUGCUGGAUCCAAAUCUGGGUCAUCAUGGAUCUGGCGCCCGAAGAGCGAUACAAGAAGCACCGAGUGGCGCCCGGGACAUUCAUUCCUGGCCCUAACAAGCCCAAACUCCUCGACAGCUUUCUCUUUCCUGGGCUCUACCAUCUUCGGGCUGUCAUGGCGGAGGGUCUUGCUAUCUGGGAUGCGAACUCAGGCCAGGUCUUUACAUCGCACCCAUACUUGGCUCUUGUCUCUGCCGACGGUCCUGGCAUGGCCUGCCUGAACGGCUUUGUUGGCCAUAACGGAAAAUGCCACUGUCGCCUGUACUGCCCUCUGAAGGGCCGCCACAAGCAGAAUGGGAAGACGUACUACCCAGCUCGCCAGAAGCCUGACAAUUACGACGUUCAUGGCUGUGACCAUCCCGACGUCGAUCUCAUGGAGCUGCUGCGUUCCCUCAACACGGAGGAGACGCAGAAGCGCUACAAGGAGAAUCUCGAGCGUGUAGAGGCAUCACCAAAUGCGUCGCAGUAUGCUAAACGCAGGCUAGAGACGGGCCUCUGCAAGCCCACCAUAUUCAGUGCAUUCCCCUCGGACCGUAUACUGGGUGUACCAGGCUGCUUCUGCGGCGACGUCAUGCACCUCCCUUGCCUGAAUAUCCCCGACCUCAUGAUUCCCCUCUGGCGUGGUACUUUCGAGUGCGACAAAUCCGACAACCGUGAUGAGUGGGAAUGGCGUGUUCUCCCUCCCCAAGCAUUCUCCAAGCAUGGGAAACAUGUCGACUCCGCCAAGAAAUAUCUUCCCGGCUCGUACGGACGUGCACCUCGAAAUCCUGCAGAGAAGAUUUCGAGCGGCUACAAAGCCUGGGAAUUCCUGAUCUGGUUUUACUAUCUUGGGCCUGCGCUCUUUCAUCUCGUCCUGCCGUUUGUUUAUUGGGUGCACUACUGCAAGCUGGUCCGUGCUAUCCGCCUGCUGCUCCAAGAGGAGAUCACGCCUGACGAGGUACAAGAGGCGAAUACCUUGCUUGUUCAAUUCUCUGAUGACUUCGAGAAUUUGUACGUGCAGCGAAGAGCAGAUCGCUUGCACUUCGUCCGACCUAGUGUCCACGCCCCUUCUCACCUACCAGGCGAGACUGUCCGCAUUGGGCCUGGGAUAAUCUCAUCGCAGUGGACAAUGGAGCGCACUAUCGGCAACCUUGGCGAAGAGAUUAGGCAGCACUCUGAUCCCUAUGCCAAUCUCGCUGAACGUGGCUUGCGCCGCUGCCAACUCAAUGCCCUCAAAGCGAUGUUACCUGAUUUAGAGCCCUCUUCCGAUCCCCUCCCCAAGUCAGCUUGUGACGUUGGUCGUGGCUAUGCACUUCUGGCUGCGACCGACAACUGCGAGCGCCCGGUGACUGCAGCAGAAGCCAUGGCGCUCAAGAAUUACUUAGAGUCAAAAGGCGAAAGCGUGCCAACUUCAUGGCACCCUCGUGUUGUACGCUGGGCGCGUGCUGCGCUUCCCAAUGGUCAAAUCGCACGGUCUCGUUGGAAGGAGGAGGAGAAAUCAGAGGACGAUCUCCGAAGGGCACGCUGCGUCAAGCUCGAGGUCAAUGGAAAAACUGAAUUCGCUGAGAUUCACUAUUUCUUCCUGCUUGACCAUGGUCACAUCGAGAAGCGCGCCCUGGCCCUCGCAUCGUUCUUCGGCCCUCCCGAUCAGCAGCUCUAUCAGGAUUCCUCAAAGACAUUCUAUAGCUGCGAGGAUAGAGCAGACAUGGAUGUUCGGGUUGUCGAGCUGGACUCGGUCAAGGCAGUCAUUGGUAUGGUGCUAGAUGAGCGAAAGACGGUGGUCGGUGCGCUUCACAAGCGCUGGUAUUUGGUGGAAAAGCCUGGCCUCAAGGUUUUCAGUAUGAUUGGCCUUGCUGACAGCCUUUCCUCAUCUGCUGGUACAGAAUCUGCUGCUGGAUAA